CCAGGGACAAGGCUGACCGGUGCCUAGACGGGAUGAGAAGGGACAGAGCUUUGUUCUUUUUAUCUUUCAGGCCUGUCUCCCAAGCGCACUGCCAACGACCUCCGACCUAGCCGAGCUCUGAAUGGGGGCGGGGGAACCGGGCAAGCCCGAGCCAGACGGCCUUCGGAGUCACGGCACCCAGAGCUCAGCUCCGAGUCCUCGCGGCUGUGGCUGAAAUAGAUCUUAUUCCUGCCUGCCCAGGGCGCAGACGCGGUGCUCCGAAGCCUCCCGCGCCAGGAGUCCCAGGAGAUGGGGUGGUAGGUGGGGCGUGGCGGAGCUAGGCGAGGAGGCGGGGUCGGAGUCAGGCCUCACCCCAGGUCGGUCCCCGCACCCCGAUGAGUUCCCCCGCUGCUCUGCUGACCCAUUCCCUGAAUCCGCAAAACGCUAACCAUGGCCAUGACAUUGGGUUACUGGGACGCCCGCGGGCUCCGGACUAUGACAGAAGCGAGUGGCUGAAUGAAAAAUUCAAGCUGGGCCUGGACUUCCCCCAUCUGCCCUACUUAAUUGAUGGGGCUCACAAGAUCUCCCAGAGCAACGCCAUCCUUCGCUACAUUGCUCGCAAGCACAACCUAUGUGGAGAGACAGAAGAGGAGAAGAUUCGUGUGGACAUUUUGGAGAAUGAGGUUAUGGACACCUUCAUGCACCUGGCUAGGGUCUGCUACAGCCCUGACUUUGAGAAACUGAAGCCUGAGUACUUGGAGGUUCUUUCUGAAAAAGUGAAGCUCUUCUCACAGUUUCUGGGGAAGAGGCCUUGGUUUGCAGGGGACAAGAUCACCUAUGCGGAUUUCCUGGCUUAUGACAUCAUUGACAAACUCCGUAUGUUUGACCCCAAGUGCCUGGAUGUGUUCUCUAACCUGAAGGACUUCAUAGCCCGCUUUGAGAGCCUGAAGCAGAUCUCUGCCUACAUGAAGACCAGCCGCUUCCUCCCCAGCCCUGUGUUUCUACAUAUGGCCAUGUGGCGCAACAAGUAGGGCCUUUAAGGCCUGCAAAUGGCAGCGAGGAGUCAGAUGUGCGCCCGAUGCCCCAUGUCUUUGGCCCUGGAGAGCAGCUUGACCUCCAUGCGCCUAGAGCCAGCUGUCUUGCUUCUUUCUCUUUCUUUUCACUCCCUUGUCCCACCUCGGAUGCCUUAUUGGCCCCCUUUUCUCCCUCCCUCCCCCCUUUUCAUCCAGGCCCUUUAAGUCUUCAGCUUCCUGCUUCUCUUCAGUGAAGUCUGUCCCCGCUCCCCACCUAUGUUAUUCUUCCCACACUAAAGCCCACCAGGCCGUCCUUCACCUCGUUGGUUGCUCUGCUUGAGGAGUCUGACCAGACCCCUGGCCUGUGGAGCUCAGCCCUGAGCUCCUAGCACUGCCCUGAAGUCCAGUAUUGGCCUGGUGUGCAGGCCCUGCUCCCCCACAGUGUGGGCCCUGCCCUGCCCUGCCUGGGAUCCUCAAUAAAGCCCUAAUUA